AUGGCAGCUCCAACACUCACCCGAGCUCUCCAGCUUCCCCUUCCUUUACGCCUCCCAAUUCCUGGAGCUCAAUUGAGUUAUUCUUCUAGUAUAAAAGCAUUUCGGGCACCCAGAUUCCAGCAAGUCAGGAAAAUGGCAUCAGCAAAUCCAAUCACGGUUCCAGAAGGGAAGUUCGAGUGGUUGGUUAUACUCCCAGAUGGAGAGGGGAAAUUUGCGAAGAGGAUGGAAGUCAGACCAAAGCAUUUUGAAGGUCUAACUAAGAAUGUCGACAACGGAUUUUAUAAAAUGGGAGGUGCAAUCUUAGAUGAAGUUCCAAAAGAAGGAGAAGCAAUGGGUAUUGUGGGCAGUGCCUUAGUAUGCGUUGCUGCGUCUAAGGAGGAGAUAUUUGAGGUGUUGAAGAAUGACAUUUAUGCCAAGAAUGAGGUUUGGGAUUUUAGUAAGGUCCAGGUGUAUCCAUUCAAAUGCGCUUUCAGAAUGCCAUAA